AUGUCUUCCGAUCCAAAGGUUGCAUUCGUGACAGGAGCCAAUGGGAUCAGUGGAAAUGCCCUGGUCGAGCACUUAAUUCGCACCCCCAAGACUGAAUGGUCCAAGAUUGUGAUUUCGUCUCGCAAGCCUUUGAAGUACCACUGGCAAGACCCACGCGUUCACUUUGUCGCCAUCGACUUCUUGAGUGACUUGGAAACAAUCACUUCCCAGCUGGCUCCCCACUGUACCGAUGUCACGCACGCCUUCUUUACAUCCUAUGUACACUCGGACGACUUUGAGCAACUUCGUGACGCCAAUGUUCCUCUUUUCGAAAACUUUCUAACAGCCAUUGAUCAAGUGGCAAGGAAUACGCUCCAGGGAGUCUGCGUUCAGACCGGUGGAAAGAAUUACGGUGUUCAUCUCGGCCCCGUGAAGCAGCCAUGCGAUGAGCGCCAUCCACGCUACGAUGACAAGGGCCAGAACUUCUACUACCCACAAGAGGACUUUUUGUUUGAGUUGCAAAAAGAGAGAAACUGGACUUACAAUAUCAUUCGCCCAAACGCUAUUAUUGGAUUUACACCCGGAGACAAUGGCAUGUCUCAAGCCAUCACGCUAGCCCUGUACCUCCUCAUUUGUCGAGAGACCGGGGAGUUCCCAAGAUUCCCAGGGAACAAGUACUUCUACAACUGUGUGGAUGAUAGUUCUUAUGCGCCCAGCAUUGCGGAUAUGUCCGUCUGGGCCCUGACUACCCCCAAAGCCGCCAACCAGGCCUUCAACCAUACAAAUGGAGACACCUUUGUAUGGCGCUACUUCUUCGAAAGAAUUGGUGAUUACUUUGACCUUGAGGUGCCCGAAACUACCGAGUUCGCGGCUAUGGGUGAAACAGACAAACUUGAGAAUCAGUUCACCAUGUCAGACUGGGCCAAAGAUAAGCGACCAGUGUGGGAGGCUGUCUGUAAGAAGUACGGAGGAAAUCCAGAUGCGUUUGAUUGGGGCACAUGGGCCUUCUUUGAUUGGAGUUUGGGCAAAUCAUGGCCUACUUUGAGUUCAAUUUCCAAGGCGCGCAAAAUGGGAUGGAACCGAUACGAUGAUACUUUCGAGACGUGGAUUGAGACUUAUCGAUCAUUUGAGAAUGCGGGUGUGAUUCCAUCAAGCCUCUCUCUGCGUCAGACAGCGACCAGGGCUUCCUCGAAUAAGUAA